AUGAGUCGCCAACCGUGAGUAUAUACUCCGAUUAUUUUUUUAACCCGAUUUAUAAAACGCUGAGUACGACCUGCACUUACCUGCCAUUAAAUCACCCUUUCCUACGGUUUGGUCUGAUUAGCACAGAUCGACACGGCACGAGGACAGGUUGCCCUUUAUUUUUCUGAUCGUCCAGUGAAGGUUUGCUGCGUCCAGCUGGUCCACGCCGAUUUCUCCGAAUUUAGCUGUGAAUGCCCGAGCAAUGCGCAUUUAUCCAUUACCUUGUGAUUUGUGCUUUGGAAACGUAAAUAUGGUCCACAUUAUUUCCACUGGACCAGGCUCUUAACCAUAUUUCGUGUUAGACAACUUCGAUUAUAUGCGUCAGUGAAGGUCAUUUCCUGCUAUACCCAAAUUCGGUGCUUCUGAACGACAUACAACAUGUUUGCGCAUAUUACGUGUCACUUUGUAGCACGCUAAUUUGUCACUAUGUAUGUGCGACCAACUCUUGAUAAAUCUCGUAUUUGCAUGGUCGUUUCCGGUUUUUCCGAUUCCUCAGUUUCCGACAGCGGGCCUCCUCAUUGUAUCCCUGAUUGCAUUCUACUCACCCAGGGCUAGCCCGGAUGCGGGCUAGCGUUGCGAUCGUCUAGCUUUUUUUCAGUAAUCCUAUCGGACACUAUCCACACGGGGACAGUAGGUUCACGCGUCUUCUCGGGCGAGUUGAGAUCAUUGUAACCCGAGGCGACUUAAGUCGCCAGACAGGGGCCGAAAUUCCGGACAAAGUGCGUGCAUGCACCCUGCAUGCGUGCGUACGCUCAAGGGGACCCCCCAGGCGUGACUUGCGAAAUGCACUCUGGUGAGCACCGAGGAGGGACGUAGCAGAAAAGCUUCUUUCCUCACAGAGAUCGAGCACUGUCAGCCAGUCAGAUUACUAGCCCGCAAGUCAAAUGGGCUAGCAAAUGUCUAGCCCUGGGCGGCUCAAUGCUAUCGGGCACAUCAGAAACUUUGGGCCAUGACGAAUUUUCGUUAAACUGACCCCACUACUUGGAUACCAUUACUUUCGGGCUAUUUUCGAGGGCUCAGUAUACAUGGUCCUUUCGCUAUUCGCUCAAUGGUGCUCUUACUUACUUACUUACUUGAUACGGCUGCGAUCAUGCCUGAUCUAGCCGGCCUCGAUGAUGUCCCGAAUUGUACCUCUCCACGCGUGACGAUCCGCGGCCGCAGAUCUAGACAGUUCAACCCAUUCCCUUCGCCAACGACGGAGACCGAAUACCGAAGGUCCAAGAACCACCUCCAUGUCUUGGUGCUCUCGGCUUUCUGACUCUUAUGUUCAUUCGUUUUGCUUCGAGGGAGACAAAACCACUUUCGCUAGGAGGUAUUUAUUUUGUGCGUACAAACUGUGACCACCAUAAGUGGGCAUGGGGAAGCAGUAAGGUCUACGUGCCCUUUAAGUAGGUAUUUCUCCAGAUAGGUCCUUACAAGUCCCGAAAUUGCAGAGCUCACACUUACACCAAUUUCCGGUUUACGGCGUCUUGUCCACUUGUUGCGGAUCCGUGGCACGGUUUUUCGGAACUUAUAUAAUAGAUACCCAGAUUAAUUAGAGGAAACAGCGCCAUGACGAACCCGCUAACUUAAAUGUCUAAAAUUUGCCACGUUUCAUAUAAGUACUUCGGGCACUGCAGACUGAACUUUCUAUACUCAUUUUAUUAACCUUUCUGGUCAUCACUUAUCUAUUUUGGCUUAUGUUAGACAAAUUAUGCUUAUUCCUUCCUCUUAAGUGUAGGCAUAGUUUAUCGUAUCCUCGUCCCAGAUCAUUUUCCCUCGUUACUGUCUCUGUAUCCAGGACACCAUCCCAGACAGCGACCCCUAUCCACGCUCUUUCUGGAGGUACUCCCAAACCCAUUCAGAUUGUGCAGCCACUCCAGUCGAACAUUACUACCUGCAUGUCUAGUAGUGAUUGUCCGAGUCCUCAACCAAGCUGUACCGCCUCGGCGGUGCUCCACACUGCAACACAACCCUUCUCGCAACCAGUAGUCCAACCUUCUGUUGCCCUGAUGACGUCGCCAGUGUCGGGGUCGUUGACACCCUACAUGCCUACCACGGCUGCUGCCACAUUUACUCCAGUUACAUUCACCAUGCUGCCAUCCCUUGCCCAACAACCAUCGCUUGUUGCGCGCCCCCAGACAACACAUGUGCAACAGAACAGCGAUUCAUGCAGGCCCAAGGCUGGUAUGAUGACUCCCUCGUACAUCUACCAGGGUGUGCCAAUGGGACAGCAAAUCGUGCUUACUAAGUGAGUCCCCGUAGAUAUAUAAUCAUUUUCAAAUUUGCUUCAUGUAGCACUUUCUUCAUCUGGCCUGGUGAUGGUUAUCGAGGUGUAGGUAGAGUUUCUUUUUGCCCUCCCACUCAGUCGAAUAUAUUUAUUUCUUAAACUCUUUUAGUCCAGGCACAGGUGGCAUAUUUUUGGCCCAACCCCAAAACAUGGCCAGCAUAUCAUCGCCCUACAUGAUCGCCUCAAAUCAACAGCUUCAAACCGCACCACAGAUGGUGUCAAUAGCUCCCGGUCAGUUGAUGCGUGGGCCUAUGCAGCUCGGAACAAUGGCCGUAGUUCUGCCUCCAGCCGGAAAUCCAGCGGCCGCUACCCCGACGAACUUCAUUCAAGUACCCGAUCACCGAUUUCUUCAGCCCGGGCCACCUGCUUCUUCCUCCCCUUCUCUACCGGGCCUGACAGCUGGGCCUAGCAUCAUGCAAACUGUGGCCCAAACCACAACUACAACGACCUCAGCUGUUGCUAAUACUACUGUCUCGUCAUCACACCAACCAAUGCAAUCCCCACAACCCACCUGCGCCGUACUGACUGCUUGUCAGCCCACUGUAGUCUGUUCAUCUCCAAGCCCCACCGUCCAACAGCCAGUACUCAGCCGGUACUUUUCACAGGUAACUGUCCAUUUUCUGCCGUAGUUUUUUUGGCAUGUGAUAUUGCUCUGUGUAGACCACAAACACAGCUGCUAGGAUUCCAAGUGGUGGCUGGCCUUUUACUAUGUCUAUGAGUCAAAUGCUAGCUCCUUCUUAUCAUCCUAUUACGCAUUCAUUUUUUGACUUGCAACUCCCCUGUCCUUCCUCUUGUGCCUGUGCCCAAAAUACUGAUGAGGGAAAACGGAUGCCUUAGUGUUCAGCCUUUACAUGAACUUUUAUGCCGCCCCCGAGCCGUCGGCGCUGCUGAAUAAGAUCUUGCGUGCAACCUGGAGGCCUAAAAAACCGCGACCCUACUACCGCAGAACAGAAAAGUUAGGGAUCGUAGUCACAAAAGGGGAGGCUUGACAGAACGCAAUGUAAGUGCUUAAACAGCUGUUCGUUAUUCUUAGAGGGCGCAACAGCAAGUGGCGUCCCAGCAAUCAAAUUUUCACUGCUAUUGAAAUGCGGUAGCCAUCUUCACUGAUUUUGAAGUUACACCACAGUGUUUCGAGUGCGUAUAACAUCGACUGGAGGAAUAUGUAUUGAAGAGGUGGAGGAAUUAUACGGUCUCAAAUUCCCGCGUGUAUGUUCGUCGUGUUUCUUAAACCGACAGCCCGUUUGUUGUGUUACGUCAAAAUGGGGUCAAUGUGACUUAUGGCGAAGUAGGUUCGGUGGACAUCGAGGUGCCUUCCUCACCGUAAAACAACACACCUCAGUAUAGUACUUUGCGCUUAAAAUUACUACGAUAUACUGGAAACCAUGUUUUAAAAGACUACUGACUGAAGAUACAUUUCUGUUCCCCUCUUGAAACGAAGGUCAGACCGCUUUUUCAAAUGUUGUAAGGACACUAACAUAUAUGUGGCAUCCGAGAUGCCCUCAUGGGAACCUGUUACACAUGGAUUUAGAGACAAGAUCGUGUUUGGUGCUCGUAGGCUGGCUGUUAAACCUUGUCAACUACUGCGCCCACACCCAUUUCCAGUCUUCUCGAUCUAGUUUUACCGCUGCAAGACGGUGGGGUGUGAAGAUCAAAGUGAUCCAGACUCAGCGCAAAUCUGUGUCGCCCCACUCAGUUCAUAGGUCAACGAUGGACAUCGCCAUGUAUUACCACUAAAUUUUCAAGCACUUCGAAGAUCUGCACAUCCUCCUCGCGUCUGUGCCGAAAGUGGACAGACAGAUCAUUCACAGCCAUUCGGAUACCACAGAAGGCACUGACAAAACCACUUGCUAUAGCAGUGGGCCCCCUACUGAGGGCCUGCACAAAACACAGUCCCCUUGUUACCAGUACAACUUUCGGUCUUCCAGUCAUGAGAAGAGGGCAUAAAUGCAGUCUAGGUUAUACGCCAAUGGCAACUGUUGGACUGCAAGUCCGUCAGGUGGCGUGAUCGCCUUGUCGUGCUCGUGACAAAGGCGGAGCGUAAUGCCAAAUGCUGAAUCGUCGCACAGCUGCGGAAAUUGGUCCGUGUAUCCAACCGCGUAGAAGCCCCCAAGGGAAUAGGGCACCAGGGAACUUGAACACGGACGUGACAGACGAAGAUUUGCCAAUAAAUUAGAAAUCGAACUGGAACAAAUACAAGUCCGGGAAGAGGAGGAUAGCGUUAAGACCAAAUAAGAGAAACUAAUCGAUUCCAUUCAUAGUACCGACACAGAAGUUAUCGAGUCCUUCACGCUGAAAAAAGUCCCUUCUGUCUGAGAACGACAAUGAAACCCUUCGUUUGCUCUCUGAAGAAAACAUUCUACUCAGGACCUAUGCGAGCAACAGGGCCAAGGGCAAUCGUAGCAGAGACCAAGGGAGAUACAAGGGCAGAAAACGUUGGAAGACACGCAGACGUCGGCGAAAUUGAAAUUCAUAGCCACCAGGGCGAUCUAUUGUCGUCAGUCCAAUGAAACUGAGACGCCUCAGGCGUAAAUGAGUGCUCGCCAUGACCGCCAGGGCAGUUCAAAAGGCACUCGACUGGAUAACCUCAGGCGCCCAAUUAUUUCCAGCAGAAGUCUACAUACAGUGAAGGCCAACUUCUGAACGGACUGACUUCGCCGUUUCAGUUCAUGUGGAAGUACAGGACUUUGAGGUCACAACCACUGCUAGUCUUUGCAGACGAAAAGGGAAACAUCAAGCAUAUGAAAAUCACCGUGGAAUCUCGCUCCCCCAUAAUUGCAGGAAAAAUAAUACCUACAUUCUUUCCAGUCGCGUAAACACACACCUGGAAAACAGACUCCAACGUCGUGGGACCGUCAAUCUAGUCUCCGCUGUUUGGUAACUAGGAAAGAUAUCAGAAUUUAUGACAAGUCUCUACAUCAUGCCCGCAUGUCGCACAAGGCCUUGGACACGGUGAACCGUGACGACUUGUGGAACGUAAUGCGUUCGGGCAGGUGAUCGCGCAUUUUCGUGACCGCAUAAUGAAAAGCGUCACUGGCAGUGAAUAAGCAUUUAAAGCUUUCACGAUGGCAAAGAGGGCAAAGCAAGAUCGUUUCGUCUUCGCUAGAAACCCUCACCGCAACGUUGGUUGCACAAGCAUCGACAUGGACUGUCGAGCCAGCGUGAAGCUAGUCAACCUGCGUCGUAUGUGGGCCGUCAUAAAACUCCCUUCCGCAGACUGUGCACUGAGCAUCGCAACCGAAGUGUGCUUGCAACAAAGCAUGAGCAUUUUUGCCUCCAACAUGCAGAAAAGGGUUACAAUGCAUCAACAGGCGCCGGCUGUUCAAUACACUGAACGCAGGGUAGCCAUCAAUGACAGUUGGCUCGCAUCGGUAGACCAGUCUCCUUAUCAAGGUCACUCCACCUCACAGAUGACUGAAAUUGACGACAGAGUUUCCGUCCAGAUUUCUAAGGUCAGUCAGACGUCUGGAGGCGAGUGUUUGGAUUCCUCAUGUCUGUUUGAGUAGGGAAGAACGAGACUGGUCGGGCACCGGAAACGUUCGUUUAUUUGUCUAUGCUUUCGGACUCGUGCAAGAGUCCGUCGCCAGAAAUAAAAACAAGAACAGAGCAAGAGACACUUGUAUGAAUGUUUGUCAAUCAACGGCCAGUAACGCAUGCUCAGAGGUGGCAGCGCAGGUCUAUGUAUGCCGACGCCAAUUCCAUACAUCGAUUGACGGAGUUCUCGCCCGAGGUCCAGGCUUUACCCGAUUCUGGGCUCGGCCUGUUUCCGACGUGGACGAUUGUCCUAGUGGCUGCAAGGUUAGAAUCGUGAUUAGUUUCGAAGGUUUUGGCGGCCACUUCCGGUAGGGUACUCCGGGGGACGGGUAAGAGAAGAGAGAAACACGUAGGCAUAGGCUAUUAAACGUCUCCGAAUAUCCAUGGAGGUAUCGGGCCUCGCAUGGCUUUUUUUCAGCUUGCUCGUGAACUCGGCGGUACGACCAAUCAACCCCCAUCACAACGAAAUUCUGUCAUUGCUGCAGGGACCCCUUUCAUCUGCCCCUACUGUUGCGUCACAUUUCCGCCCUAGUUUGCCCUUAUCGUAUAAAGCCAAGACAAAAACGGCAGUCGCCAACAAUGCAGAAGGCAACACCUUGUCCCCAGUGUGGCCGCACGUUGCACUUGCGCAUCGGCCCAUUCGGACGCCGGUGAAUCCAUUGCAACAGGACUAGUGAACCAGUGUCUGGAGCUCUGGCCAACAGCCGUCACGUCCGCCUUGCCUGCCUCUGUUCGUCCGCAUGGUUCCAGCUGGUCAUAUGCACAUUCACUACUAGGAUCACAUAAAUAGAAGCCGUAGUUCAUAUUUACGUUGUCCCCAGUUAUAUGGCCAUCACGAGACUUUCCGAUUCUAUGCGCACAUUUUAUAACCAACAUAUCGCUCGACACAAACCGAAUUGUAAUGGUAAUGACGAGCAAAAUGUCGAGUGUGUGUGUAUGCGUUGUGUGAAAUCCUGGUGCUUGUGUUUGGGGGACCAAGUCGUGCAUGUGGCGCACGCAGACAAGGUCACUAGAUAUGUCAGCCACCGCGCCCAUUCCCCGCACCUGUCAACUGACCGGCUUUGACAGUGCCUGGGGCCUGGGAAUGGGGACGGAGUGUGAGGUUGACGACUCAGCGCAUUUUCCUCCUCACUAUAAACAAUCUGACGCGCCUGAAGCCACCACAGUGCGCUAAAAGCCGUGGCCUGGAAGGUUGCCAACUGACGGGAGAAAUUGAACCUCGCAGUCGGCCCACUGUUAUGUGUUUUUCUGGGGAGUGCCCUGCUGGUGGUCUGACAGUCAGGCUGCAAUAGCUCGUUAAUGUAGCCUUGAGGGCACACCCACUCCCUGCGAUCUUAGCCGGGCGUGGCGGCACGCCUAGGUGCGGCCUCGACCACGCCAGCCACCCGUGCCCUCCCCCGCCUCCGGUCUUCUUGGCUGUGUCAUGACACCGGGUCCAAAUGAGGAGCAGGAGAAAGUGCGGUAGAUGCUGCGCAAGUCCGCAUUCGUUAUAAACUAAAUCACGCGCAAGUCACCGUGCCUGCUCUCACCUUGCUGUGGAUCACACGGUGGACAUCGCGGGCAACGAGUCGUCACUCGGGCAGGCUGCUGAAAUAUGGAUGAGGUAGGAGAGAGAGAGCGAGAGAGCGCCCUAUAGUGAGGUGUUACACCUCACGGCAAAUCCAUGCAUUCCUCACUGGAAUAAAUGCGGCACACUUGAAAGUUUUAUGACACACUGGAAAUCGUGUCUUAGGUGCCCAGCUAACGGCUAAAUCUGCUCUCCUGGAACGACUCACUAUUGUCUUCAUGACGCAUCGCACGUAUGCGUGACACGCCUUAGACGGCAACUCAGAGUCCCACCAGUUACCGCACUUAGUCUCAUUCCCAGUCGGCUUGACCCAAAUAGGUCAUUGGCACCUGGGGGAGACAAAAGAGAGGCGGGGGUCAUUCGGGCUCGUACUCAAUUCUCACUCUUCUUACCAUAGACAAUCAGACAAGCUUUAAGACUACCACCACAUGCCCACAGUCGUGGCUCGGAAGACUGCCAUCUGGUAGAAUAAAUCGGUCCUACAAUGGACCGGCGGUCAGACUGUAGUGAUUCCUUAAUGGGACUUGACUUGUAUAUGAAGUUUGAAAUCUAGUUGGUUGGGUGUUCUCUUGCCGCUGGAACACAGUGGGCAUGCAAGCGGAGAGUGAGGUAGUUGCAAAGCAAGUCUGCCAAACAGUGAACAAGUGACUACUGCACUCGCUCUGGGAUAUUUGCAGUCCCUAGCGCCUGUACUGAGUGAACAAUAGUGUGCUUUUUGUGGUUACUCUGUCUCGUUUGUCGCGCUUGAGACUUUUUCUCUCUAGCCCUAUGGUAAUCCUCACUGACCAGGGCCACAGAGACGAGGUACACCCUAGUGUUCUUAUUAACACUAAAAUAGCUAUCCUUUUAUGAUAAUUGGUUGUGGUGUGUUCUGUACAUUUACAACCUGAUACUUCAUCCGCAUGGUCUAAAGCACCGCCUACUCAAAAUUGUCACGGAAAACUGGUAAAUAAGAGAGCCAGUGGAAUGAGAUGACCAGUUGAGGCAUUUUUUAGCAUGUCUGAGGUACUGAGGGUUCUAUCAGUCAUCUAUGAAACAAAUCCAGCUUCCUUCACAAAUUCUCCAGACUCAACGUUUGCAAUGCCCGCCCAUUGUGCUUCUGACUGACCUUUCUGAAUCUCUCUCUGAUGCUGGAUUCGGGGGAGAAUCCGAAAUGUUAGGCUAAUAAAGCUUUUGUCCCAGCGGUCGUGCCUCCUUCGUAAUUACAACUACCACUCGGGACACGUGCUUGGGUGAAUCACGUUUCGGUUCCUAUGCAAACAAUCGUCGUUACCAAUACGCAUUUGACAUUUGAUAAUCCAAAUUAUUCCGCAUCUUUUCGCACCAGUAAAUUUCCACCUUCUUAAAUUCAAGCCUCUGAUUGGACUACGUGCUUUAGAUGAAAAUCCAAUCAUAUGCCCCCGAAUACCCUACGAUUCCUAUUUGGUAUGAGAGAGCAAAUGUAGCAGGUAGAAAUUCUUGAAUACCGCUGGCAAAACCGUAACGCUCCUUCUGGCAUCUGAUUGGCCCUCUGCCCUCCUCGCAAUCGUAUCGUCUACCUCACACAACGAAUCACGCAGUUCCUUUCUGGGCCAAUGGUCGUUGGCUAGUCAGCACGCUAGCCACCAAGGGUAGUCUGCAGUUAUAACAGUUCUGUCUUGCCUUGUCCAUUCAUUCGCGUACUGCUCUCUGUGGGGAUGAAGACCAGCCGGAGGAGUUCCCGUCACUCGUCUGCUUGCGGCCUUCCAUCUUCUGGAAAAGGAGCCGAUACGUCUAUCAUGUGCCCGAAUAUUCUGAGUACAGUGUUGGAACUUCUUCGUGUUCAUAAGGGCCGCAACCGCUCCAUCCUUGACUACCCACUAAAAUGAAUUGGAAGUUUUUGAAAAGACCUUUGGCGUUUCUCCCAACUUCUGUGCACUCAGUAUUUUCUUCUUUCGACUUCCUAUUAACUCCCCGAAGCACAUCACCCAAAGUACGGUCUUCUCUGAAGAUGUACGCCCCUUCCUGGAAAUGUAACCUCGUACUGCGUACAAAUUCGCCUGGGUUUCCAUAGUUGCAAGAGAUACCGACCAAACUAAGUCACGUCAGCACAGUGCCCAUGUUUUUCAACCGAACGCCUUUAGGUAACUGCUUGUAGGUCUUCCCAGACCUCUGUUUUCUUGACAUACAUCUAAGUACUUCAUACACCUGUGUUCUGAGCUGACUUAGACGGCCUCCAGGAUGUUUUGACGACUCCCUGCUCAUGUAUAGGAGGUUGGCGUCGAUGCGCCGAGCCACCUCAACCCCGUACUUUUUCAUCCACGAAGACUUUUAACCGCUUUGACACCUUGAUGAGGCGGGGGGAGGGGGACUUAUUGAGAUCGGUACGUACGCAGUUUAAAAUCCGGGCACCUUUGGGGGUGCAAGUGACAGAACACCGAGAAUGUCAUACAGAAGGUCGACUGUUGUUACUGGCCCAAAAAGACAUUUUCACUGUUUUAAUUUGCCCAAAGUUCCGGCCCCCUGCUUUUCGGGUGCUUAGUGUUGGGACUGACGGACUAGCACCUAGUGUCACAAAUGGCUAACAGUAAAGGACUGAAGGCUGUACGACGAUUUUAGAAAAAUUUCAGAGGUUCUCGUCUGUGGUUUUUUGUUAAUUACAUGUAGCAUGCGUGCUGUACAUCAUGCCGGCCCCUUUCGCAGUUCCCACAGAGCAUCAUUAACUACACCUCGAUGUAGCACUUUCCGGUGACGGCUACCACAUGGCUGUGCAGACUCUGUCAUUAAUACACGCACACAGAGAGAAACCCCUUCUCACACACCCAUGAAGUGUGCUGCCUUUGUUUAUGGUUAGACAAACCCUAACGACACUUUGCACUCUCUUAGUUGCGUUUGUCAAAGUCUUUUGGUGCGGGUGCUGCCCUCUCUCUCUCUCUCUCGCACUCCUUUAAGGCCACUGCCUCCACGCGCAUGUCGUGUGCCUCCUCUGGGCACAUGCAUGUAUGUGCGGGUGUCAAUUCUCGGUCGACUUCUCGGUCCUCAUAACAGCCUUUCGACCCCGUGCUUACUGACUGCACAGUGACGCUGGGGAAACGGGGGGGGGGUGUCGGUGUUUUUGACUUUUUUUCUCAAUUUCCCUGGCCUGUUUUUCUCAUCUAAUUGGCAGGCAUGCCUCCCUUGGAAUGCGACUUCACCUGCUGGGUGUGUGCGUGUCCCCUACUGGAGCUACUGUUGUCUUCUAUCACCUGACUGAUCAGCAUCUGAUCUUUUCUAGCCGCUUAUUUUUCUCUUAGUUUUGUCCUGCAUGCUCGUCAAGUUUUGCAAUCCCCAGGCAGACAGCUCAUGUUGUAAACGACGACAAGGCUGACUUCCCUGUCUCCGGCAUUAGGGUGUUGUGCUCGACCAGCUUGCCAAUUGUUCCAUCACCUCGUCGCAGAUGGAUUUUCGCGGUAAGUGGUAAACCAGCAUCUCAGCAGAGAGGAGGAAUCUUUGCCAGCUGAAAAUUACAAGAAAUUCCCCCUGAUGUCGUUUCUGCAGAAAUACUUUUUUGUCAGUUUAGCAGACCUGACUCACUGAGUCAAUUACGCGUAGCUCUAUCAGUUUCGUUCUUAUCUUUUAAUCUCACUACAAGGUUGGACUGUUGCCUGAACUGCCCUUUGACAUGCUCAAUGAGGUGGCGGUAUGUGCCUCGGGCUCAUGAGGCGGUGUGUCAGGGUGUCAUUAGCACAUUGAAUCGGAGACGCGAAUCACGACGCGUCAAGCGCUGUGGCUUGGAAGGCUGCUGACUGACGCCCCCACCCAAUCCACGCAGUCUGCCGAGUUGUGCGUGUGUGUUUGUGUGGAGUGGCGGACUGGUGGGCCGAGAGCCAGGCUGAAGCGGCUCCUUAACGUGACCAACGGCACUCUCACGCACGUGAGAUGUACGCCGCUCAACUCCCCUUGUGUGAAAUCCUGGUGCUUGUGUUUGGGGAGCCAGGUCGUGCAUGUGGCGCGCGCAGACGAAGUCACUAGAUAUGCCAGCCAACGUGCCCACUCUGCGCGCUUGUUAACUGGCCGGCUCGUACUGAGACUGGGGCCUGAGAAUGGGAAGAGAGAACGAGGUCGACGACUCAGCACAUUUUCCUCACUGUAAACAAUCUGACACGCUUGAAGUCUACAUUCACUAUAAACUAAAUCACGCGCAAGUCACCGUGUCUGCUUCACCUUGUUGUGGAGCACACGGUCGACAUCGUCGGCAACGACGGUUGAACUAAUCACAUCAAAGAAGCAGUGGCGCGAGCGGGUAGUUUAUCGCCAGCGCUGCGGCUUCGUAGUUUUCUGCCAAAACUUGAGGCCAUGGGAGGGUAUGCAGCCGGAUACCCGGGUGCCUUUAACCGAGCUCUUUGCUGAUGGUGAUUGGGGGGGUGGGGUGGGGGGAGCUUUCAUUCGCCACGCUUGAUGGUCAUUUUGUUUGCCGCGGAAUCAUGCAGUAGAAACUGAAAUUACAAACAUGUGACUGCAACUGCAGAUGGGCGCACAUGUGUGCUGCACGUGCCGUGGUCCACGCAAUACCUUGCCUUGUGAAACUUCAAACCCUUUGGCCAACUUUGAACAUCUUUUCUUAAAUGCGGCCGUCGUGAGUGACAGACUCAGGCUGGAGUGGGGAAAGCCGUGGUGGAUUAACUUCACAGCCCACCUUCAUACAGUAACUGUAGCCUCCUGGUAGAGAUCAGGGUUUGGCAUGGUCGAAGGAGGUUCAUCUGCUUGGGAAGCCACCGCGUCGACCUGUCAGAGGAGGAUAAUUUUGUUUCACAUUGGUGGCGAAGAGCACACCUCGAAACGUAUCUCCACCGAAUUCGCGGUUUAGUCGUCGGUUUCCUGUUGGGCAAUGCUCUACUCUCUCUCCAGUGCACGUGCCUGUCUGAUUCAACAUGGUAUUCUGAUAAAUUUCAAUCCCGGACACCGGGUCUUCCAGACGGUCACCUGUGUGUGGAAGUUGAGGGUCGCCCGCUUGCGAAAGCCUUCUACGAGUUUGACCCCUCCUUAUAAGCUAUUCUUGUACCGGUAUUUAUCUCCGAGUUCCAUCAGCGACAGUUGUUUGCAUGCUAUGAAACUCCUCAACCGCAAGAUGACCCUCGUUUUGGUUGAAAAAGUCGUAAACAGUGUCUUCUCUGGCCCACUUACGGGGCCUAAAGUACACUGAAAAAGAAGUAUCAGUCGUUUGUCAAUUUAGCAAGAAACGUGGGGUUAUGGUGCGCAUACCUUCACAUGAAAUUCCCAAAAAUCGCGCGUCCAAACGGGGAAAACCACCAUAAGCAGGUAGUUCCUGAUUGUCUGGAUAUUGUUCUGUUUUCGAAACUUUCUAACCUUCAGUUUCCUUUCAAAUGCAUGCCCAUGUGUAUCCCAUGAGUUAGGAUAUUUCCUGCUUACUGAGGCUGUUGUCUAAGCACGUCAUCUUUAUCGCAGCAUUUCGCAAAAACAGUCUCAACAGUCUUCAGACCAAAGGUAUCAACUGUUUGAAGUGCCCGGACGGGCUAUUUAACCACUGUCCGCAUUCUCAUUGGUUGGCUGAGAGACUCGGUCAGGCGACUCGUGCAGCGGGGAAAACCAUCCCUACAGCAAAUCAGCGCAUUCCUAGCUAUACCAAGUCUGACGCGGUGGAAGCUAUUACGACGCCCUAAAAGUCGUGGCUUGGAGGGUUGCCGACUGACAGGACAACUCAGUCCCCGGUGGAAUGAAUUUGGGGUGACUGGGCGACCGGGGGGGGGGGCGGGGUCAGGCUGAAAUGGCAGCUUCCCAAGGUGGCCUUCAUAACACUUUCACGUAUGUGAACUCCGAACCGCCCUUACAGAAGUCUAGAACACGUAAUGUUGACCCUGAGAAAUGGCCAUCAUUGUAGAAUUAGCUUCUCAGUCAGAGUUUGCCUCAACAUAAUGUUCUGUAGCCCCUGCAGUUGGCGAAUUUCAAAGCGACGACUGCUGCGGCGCGACGGCAUCAUCCUGGACGAAAAAGACAAAGUAAUGCACCGAAGGGCAGGAAGAUAAGCUAUUUACUCCUGCUUGUGGGCACAGCAGUGGCGAUUUCCAAGCUUCUGCUUAAUCUUAAUCGUCUACCUUUUUCUCCUACUGGAGUGGUGGUAACAAUCGGGAGAUGGCACCCAAAAAAAUCCGUUACCUAGAAAUAAUACCUUUGACAGUGGACUCAAACGCCUUCAGGCUAUAUCGGCGGUUGAAGGCCUACUUUCACGCACUACUUGGACUUUCCGCGACGGCCUAACAUGGGCUGGCCGAACGAACAUCGCAGGAGCUUACAUGGAUGAUGGUCGCUGUUACCCAACCGUUCCCAUCGUUACACAAGUACACCUGAAUAUAUGGCAUACACUCGCAUUAUGGCAGUUUAUUACAAAACAAAAUCACUCUUAAAUAGGAUAAGUAUGCACAACAUGGGACAGGAACAGUUCCCAGGCAUCUUUUAAAGACAUGGUAUUGAGGCCAAACCAAAGACGAUACUGUAGUUCGUCUAUGUGAGCCCACAAAGCUGGACCACAUACAGGGCCUCCCUCGUGGAGUUUCCUUUUCAGUCUACUCCAGUAUGCCUCAAUGGCAUUGGUGUGCCGUGCGGUGGUAGGGUCCUUGAAGUUCUUUGAGUGGUUAACAGAGAAAUAUAGACAACCUUCUGAGAGAAGACGAUUAUACGCCUUCCACUCGUCCGUUACCACUAUACUGCCUUUGGCGAUCCAUUUUGUAAUAACGGAACGGAGAGCGGGUCAACUUUGAUCAUUUACCUGUUCAACUAAGGCUUUUUGUCGGCUAGUAUCGUACAUCCCGACCAGCCACCCCAUAAAACCCCUAUUACCACCUGUCCCGUAAGACAGGCUGCUUUGGUUAGGCGGAUUUUUUUGGGUGCCAUCUCCCGAUUGCUACCGGAGUGGUGAGAGGAUAAUCGGUCCAUAUCCUUUUUGUCUCAAUUUCUCGGGCCUCACAACGUCCAUCACUGCCUCAAUUUACCUGCAUGUGUCUUGGAACGUCUUUCAGGUCCCUCCCGGAAUGACGCUCACUCGACUGCCGAACGGAGCGCUUGCUCUCGCCCCGAUCUGUCAACCGACACCUCCCAUUGUUCCACCCCAGGUGUCUCGGGGUGGUGCCCCUACGGUUCUUUAUCCCCAACAACAACAACAACAGCAGCAGCCGCCACCACCGCCGCAACCGCCCAUCGCUCCGACACCAGCUGGCGGCAACUCUACUAGCACUCCCCCUACGCCCUCCACUGCCGAAGUGCUGCGCCAACUGGAGGUGCAGAUUGGGGAGUUGCGGCGUCUGCCUCAGCCCACAGCCCAGCAGACGAGUCGAAUAGCGGAUCUGGUGAAAGCUCGUGAUCAGCUCAAGGCCGCCGUGGCUGCGGGUGUUAGGGUCACCCGUCCCGCAGUACCCUCCGCGCCGCCAUCGUCCAACCCCAGACCGCGACCCGCCCUGCAACCGAGGCCGAUCGUGCUCUCACCGGCUGUGGUAAGUUUUUGAGUUACGGAUGUCUUGGCGGAUUGCCGCCUUUUACCCUUCUCUAUACCGCUGCCGUUGUCAUCGACCUCAGCAACAUCAAACACUUGCUUGUACUUGGUACGGGUGCGAUCAUGCCUGAUCUAGCCGGUCUCGAUCGUGUUCCUAUCUGUACCUCUACAUGCGUGACGAUUUGCGGCAGCAGAUCUGGACAGUUCAACCCAUUCUCUCUGCCCACGACGGAGCCCGAAUACCGAAGGUCCAAGGACCACCUCCAUGUCUUGACGAACUGUGUCAAGCCAAGUUCUAGUUUGACCCUCCCUUCGACGCCUCCAGUGGGGUGACGAUGCCGGAUCGAGGGUAGUAACACUGAGCUCCUGAGGUAGACGACGAAGAACAUGCCCGAACCACCUCAGCCGUCUUUCUUGGAUGGCCUGAGUUAUCCUUGCGAUGUUGUCGCAGCGAGUGCGGACUGUCUCAUUCGAGACGAAGUCGGUGAACUUCACUCGGCGGAUUGUCAUCAAGCAGUGGUGGUCAAAUACCUCCACUUUUUGCUCGUCCUCCACGCGCACAGCCCAGCAUUCACAACUGUAGAGGACAGACUAGACAGAAGCGCGGUACAUGCGGAUCUCAGUGACGAUGGAGAGGUCGCGUCGGAUCCAUAGACGUUUUUUAAGGCCUGAGAAAACCCAUCGGGCAGCAUCGAUUCGGGAGACAAUGUCAUCCUUACUCUGGCCAUUCGACAGCAGCCUCGCUCAGAGGUAUUUAAAACCGUCUACUUCUUCAAGCUGACAGUCAUCAAUACCGAGAAGCGCCUUCUUCUGAUCAGGAAUGCAACUUGAAAACACUUCCAACGUUUAUGGAUAAACCGACCGAUUGAUCGACCUCGUUCAUCCGUGACACCAUAGACUGCAGAUCACCAAAACUUGAAGCAGGUAGGGCAAUAUCAUCGGCAUAGUUGAGAUCAGUCAGUCGGUGUCCGCGGGCAAAUUCAACACCGUCACCUUCGUGUAGGGCUCUCCUGAGAAUCCAGUCAAUAGCAUAGUUGAACAGAAUGGGCGACAGGAUACAACCCUGUCGAACGCAAGACCGAAUACCAAACGGUUGGGAAAAAUUGUUACGGACCAGGACCCCCGCAGUAGUGGAACGAUAGUAGGCCUUGAUUAUGGCGAUGAUUUUUGCCGGUACACCAUCUAGCGCCAUUAUCCGCUAUAGGGACUCACGAUGGACGGAAUCGAAGUGGGCUGCAAAGUCAAUGAGACAGACGGCCGUCGGUAGCUAUGGCGAAAUUCGAGAAUGGGCCUUAGUGUGAAUAUCGGGUCCGCGCAUCCACGUCCAGCACGGAAUCCAGCUUGGUUGGGCCUCGUCCUAGAGCCACGCACAGCCUGGAACCGCAUGAGUAGGACAUUAGCGAAGAUCUUCUCAGCAACGUCGAUGAAGCUUAUGCCGCGGUAGUUCUCGCAUCUCGUCUUAUCUCCCUUCUUGAGGAUAGGUACAAGGAUGCCUAAGCCCCAGUCAUCAGGAACAACCUCGUCACUCCACGCUCGUCUAAUCACCUCGUGGAGACAGGGCGCCAGAGUGUCGACACAAGACUUGAAGAUUUCAGCGGGUAUACCGUCCUCUCCGGGUGCCUUGUUGUUGCAUAGCCUUUGUAUGGCAUCGGCGACUUCUCCCUCGGAGGGGGGAUCGCAUGUCACUGCAUACUUAGGAGAGGGAAGAAACUCCGCUGAGGAGGAGAGCAAGGGCGUGGUAGGUUGGGUAUGGAAAUUGAGAUGGUGCUCGAAGUGCUCACGCCAGCGUUCGACUUUGGCCGAGUUGUCUGCAAUAAAGCCGCCAUUCACGUCGAGAUUGGAGUCACUCAGUGUAGAGGGCUUACCGCUAACCUGCGGAUCAGUUGGCAGAGUUUUCGAGUAUCACCAACGUUCGAGGCCUGUCCCAUGGAGGUCGCUAUUUCAGCCAUAUAUUGCUUCCGGUCAUCCCUAGCCGAUUUUGCCGUCAUCUUCCGAAGUUGGCGGAAGCAGUCAUCGUUACGGGACCUGGCUCGAGCCGUCUGAGCAGACAACUGCAGGGUUCUUCCGCUGAUCCAGUCACUGCUGCGUCGCUGGGUGUAUCCAAGGCUUUUCUCAGCCGUCCCAUAGACUGACGUUUUUGGUGACGACCAUUGGUUAUCGCCUUCUCCGUCGGCUCGGGUCGUAAAAAAGGUCCGGAUUUCUCUGCUCAGGGCCUCAGCAAUGCCGGUCUGCCGGAUUUUUGCGACAUCUGGGCGUCUAGGAGGUGGCAUUUAUGGUGCGGAUGAGAGAUGAACUGUCAAGCGUGUACGAACGAGGACAUGGUCCGCCCCAUGAGCUUUACCAGUCUCGGCACCAUGCAUCGAUCUGCUAUCGUGAACCCAGCUGCGGAACCUUGAGCUGACUAGUAUGUUAUCAAUCUGACUGGCCGUAUGGCCGUCGUUUGAAUACCAGGCCAGCAGAUGUUUUUUUCGAUGCUGGAAACAUGUGCUAGUGACUGGGAGACUAGCUGUCCCUCAGUUGCUCAUUCGAUCGCAGCAGACGACUGUGCAAGUUAGGCACGAAUUACUAGAGUAGGCAGUCGGUUGGGGCGUUUGGGGCUCUCGGAGUGGAAUAGUUUCCUCGGUGAACUGUGACAGUCGCACCGACUACCUCGCCUCUCGAGAUGGUCACUUCACGCCGUCACCGUCUAGCGCCUGUCUCACCUGUUAUUUCUCAAAGCUACUCCAGUAUGUAAUGUGAUUCAGUACAUGUGAGUGGAACUUAACGCCAAAUUGGCCACCACGUCCUGCCCAUCUCAAGUGGCUUUGACCUAGUCUCGCACCAUUGAAACACGACAGAGGUGGUUUUGGUCGAUGCUGUGAAAUUUCUCCUCCCGCCUAACACAAAGCUCACUACCGGCGUAGUGGUGGGGGUCAACGGGUGAGCUAUCAGAUAAGCAGGUUCAUUAUUGGCUUCGUGGCAUAAGGGUGCGUGUACCAAUACCUCCACUCAACACAAUGUGCCCCUGAGACGUGCCACACGGUAUAUGCGCUGGACCUACACAGAGGCCAGAUGCGAAUCCGGCAGGCAUUAUCGAGAAUGCGCACUUGUAACAAAUGCCAACACUGGGGUACGAUAGCAGGCCCAGUUGUAGGUCCGUUUAACGCUGCUUAGGAUCCGUGUCGCUCCCCUGUUUUUGUCAUAGCAUAAGAUUCUGGCCAGUGCAUUUUGUGGACCAAGGGGUGUGGUGGGGGUACGCCUAGGUGCGGCUUUUCGCUGUGUCAUCCGCCUGCGCCUUAUUCCGCCUCCGGUCUUCUGGACUCUGUCAUGACACCGGGGCCAUGUGGGCAAGGAGGAGGAGCGAAUGCGGUAGAUGCUGUCCAAGUCUACUACUCACGCGCAAGUCAUGUCUGCUUUCACCCUACUGUGGAGUACACGGUGGAUAUCGUCGGCCUCAGCGUGCAAACUGUCUACUUAACGCUAUGUCGGCCUCGACGACCGUAACACCCAGUCCACUCAGUCUGUGUAAUUGGACUUCCUUAUUGCGCCCACGCGAGAAUGCCCGGCUUGCUGGGUCCCCUUUUCGCACGAGACUGAUAUUCGUCUCUCGGCCCGGGAAUUACAUGACGCGGACAACGCAUGUGAGCCGAUAAUCUUUAUUAACUGGACGUGCACACAGCUAUCUGCAAAAUAUGUGCCAUUCUUGUGUUACUUGCCGCGUCCUUUCUAAUUAAUACCGUUGACCGGAACUCGUGAACUUGUGUGUGUGUGUUUGUGAGAGCCCCCUAAAACGAGGCACGCGGCAGAUGUGCAUGGCCGACACGGGGGCUAGAUCAGGGGACGGGAGACGUUGUUGGGGAUGCGCACCCAUAGCAAAUUGCGAUGUUGUGUGGUAGCACGCCUAGGUGCAAGUUCUCAUCGCGCCAGCCACCUGCUCCCGAUCCUGCCUCCGAUCUGCUUGACUCUCUCUCUCUCAUGACACCGGGAUCAGUUGAGCGAGGAGGGGGUGUAGUAGGUGCAGAAAAGGCUACUGUCACUAUAAAUUGAACUACGCACAAGUCGUCGUCCGUACACCCACCAUGCUCUGCGGCACACGGUGGACAUUGUCAGAACUCGCCGCCGGAAUUGUCGUGUCUGAUGCGAAUCGAAGUUCUCGCCUGCUAUGAGCGUCAGAUUGGGAACAGGUGUGUAGCCUCAAACUCCUUAACCUCUGUCUCACUGAACUGACGUGACCGCAUCAUCCGCGGAAGAGGCCUUUAGCAGGCGUUUCACAAACGACCUUGCACGCCUCUGGUCUGACAUAUUACGUACGCCACGCCAGCUGAGUCGAGAAAUAGUAUGCGCACUUGGGAACCGAACCCCGUGCCGGACCUUCUUUGCUCCAGCGCGGCGAAGGCGAGAGGCGAUCCUACCUCGCGGAUCGGGCGGGCAAAUCAGACCUCGUUAUGUGAUUGUCCCCUACUUUCAGUGUAUGGACGUUUUAGGAAGGCUCCCGAUAGUUCCUGUUCUUUCCUGGGUGAUAGAAUGAAAACCAGUUAAUUCCGAUGUCUUGAAGAAAGAUGCACAGAUUGAGGGAGAAGGACUCAAAAGACAUGUCCGCUUGUUUGACGCUCGACCGAAUAUCGUUUGAUGAACAAAAUUACUAAUCAGUCUUUAAAAGCUUCUGCAUGAAGAACUAUUUUGUCAAAUGUUAGCGCAUUUGUGCAGGUAUACAUGUAUGUACGUUUUGCCGUCUCCUCUUUUACGACAGCGCUCCGAGGUGAUGGAGUUACUGCGUCAAAAAAAUCUCUACCCCAUCAAGACCGCCUAUGACAUGCGCAACACAGUACUGGUGGAGUUUCGCCUCAAUAAUCAGGGCUACAAGGUACACCUGACACGUGCUGAGAAGGCGCAGCUGGAGAGCUUGCUACUAAGUGAACCGGCUCAACGUCAGGCCGAGAUCCUCAUCUUCUACCAGCAAGAGCAGGCUGCACUCUAUGCAGCACGCUUCGCCGAAGUCACCGCCGCUCAGUCUCGAGCCUGCGCGCCGAGGUCGCCUUCCAUAACGUGUAGUUCUGUGAUCCAGAUGCAACCACCAGCGCCGCCAUUACAGGCCUCCCAAGCGCAACCUCAACUGCGUUCGUUGACACCGUCGGGGCUGCCGCUUCCUGUCAGCAGCCACGUCGGUCAGCCGCCACGCCUUCAGCCACCCGUCACCUCCACCUCUCUGCCCAUUGCCAGACCUCCCAACGGCGCAUCAAUCGCGGUGACGGCGGCGACUCCGCAUUCGCAGCCUAUGCAUAUCCUGCAGACGCGACUUGCUUCCGCCACCCCGGUAGGCAUGUGUAUGCUGACCCGCGUUCAUAAUCCCUCGGCUGCUGGCACCGCCGCCGUACUGAUGUCACCGCAAUCCGCCAACCGACCGACUCCAGUAGUCUCGGUCUCCUCCGCCUCCCCAACCGCCGCACCCUCCGUCAUUCGGCCGCCUGCCCUGACAGUGCAGCAGGCCUCGCGAAUGACCAAUCUGCGCAGUAUGCUACACUCCGAUCAUCGCAGGGCGGUCGCCAGACCUGCCGCCGAUACGCAGACUUGUACGGAGGAGGAGCCGAAGAAGGAGAAACGGCUGCCGACGCCGGAGGAGCUGCUUGAGCUGCUGCUUCCCUACCACACAUUCCAGGACCUGGACAAUACGCCGCAGGCUAUGGAAAAGGGUACGUGCACCUUAGUUGCUCCCCAUUAACACCUUCACCAUUAUCAGCACUAUCUUUUAAAAGAAAGCCACUGGCAUCAUUGUCAUAAGUUGUGAGUCCAGCGCAUCUACGGCUGAUGAGGGAUGGGCAGUUAGCGAUGAAAGCCCCGGAAAGUAGUUAGGGUGGUUUUCAAGCGAGGAGUAAAAUUGUGGCGUUCUUUAUGGCAGACAUUCCUCACUCCUUACUUGUCCUUUGCAUAACUGUCUGUGAGGGCUAGGGUUUGAAACUCGGUAAGAUGCUCUAUCUCACAGAAUUUGACCGGAUUGCCGCAGUACGAUUUCCGGUAGUCGACCAGUUCCCUACCUCCAUAAUACAAUGCUGAUAGUCGUUUUGACCCCAAUGCGAACCGCGAAUGUGUACAACCGCACCCACACCGAUCGCUACAUUCAUAGGGUCAUACUAUUUCCCUUUUUACAUAUAAAAAACUUUGACCGCAAUCUCCAGUUUCCCGACAUCCCAGUGGGGGAGAUUUCUUACACAGCCUUGUGGACUUUCAUUCCUCCAGGUUGUGCUUACUCUACCGAACAAAGGUGAAAAGACGGGUCCACCUGUUAGCCUGUCCCUCGACAGUUCGGCGCAUCCGGAGAACAAUUGUUCUUAAAGAAAAUAACUGACGAUAUUGUACGUGCCAGAGAAAAGAAUAAGAGGACCACGCUGUGGCUGUUGCUUUAAGGUAGUCAUCAGAGUUAAAAUACAGCAAUGCAGUACCCUUCCGACAAUCCCUGCAAAGGGGCAUUACUAUUAUCCUUACGUGGUAAAACCAGUGUCCCCUUUUAAUUGGUGACUAUAUUAAGGAUGAAAAUUUAUGGUCCCACAAAGUCCUUAGAUGUUCAGUUAUUUUACAUAAAUGCUCUCCGGACUAAGUAACCCCGGCCACAGACCAUACUCUUGCCAAAUUGAUAAUACCGGCCUAUUCCGUUUCUAAAUUAAUUAUUAGCAGAAACUACAUUGCACAAAAAUCACCUUACCGCGUGCUCAAAAAUUGAAAGGGCGUUUAAUGGCCUUUUGGGAGUUGCCUUUUGGGGUAUCCUCAAAUGUCAGGAAAGUAGGGUUACUUUCAAACGGAAGAUUGUCUCUAGGCAUUACUACUGCUUUUGAGGAUAUUUACUCGCACGAAUUUACAAGUCUGAAUUUCUAAAUAUCAGCCUCGAAGCUGUACCCAAGCCCUGCUUUUGUUGUUGUGGGUUCGAACCCUACCAGUGGGGGGGACCGGAUUUUUCACAAUCUGAUCAUGUGAGUACACAUCAGUCUUUCGACAAGUAACGUUCUGAGUCAUAUGACUUACGCAGGACAAAUAAUCAAUUCUCUAGUGGACGAAAGUUGCUUUGGUCAAGGUUUUCCGUUUAGAUUAUAGCCCACUAGUAGAAAAACGCAGAUUAAUGCAUAAAUGCGAUCUGAAACAGUUACCAACAUAGGAAAUUAUCUAAGCAUGAGGUAAUAUGAAGUCCCACCCAAAUUUAUACUUGGUAAAGUUACCAAGAAACAUAUUCGGUUGGAGAAGAGGACUUUUCCGAACUUCUUAGACGACUAAGCAUUUGAACCUGCUCCGAAAUAAGUUUUCGUAACUACGUUUCAUUAGUAACGUCACCUACUACACAUAUAGCAGUUUGGCGUUGGUAACAUCGCUAGUAAAUAAUCACGUGGUAUUCCCAUUCGUAAAUCUACCAGUGAACGACCUAUUUCAUACAAAUUGAAACUCACAUGGACUGGCUGGGAAUCCAGACGUUUCGACGAUUCUCCAACACCAUCCUGGCUUGACUGCAAGGUGUUCGACCUUCCCAGCGUCCUUUAUGUCUAUGAUUUCUUCAGAGCUUCUUGAGAUAAGCAUUGAAUAAAAUAAUCGUAAUCAGGCUUGCGUGGUUUAGCCCCGAUUCCAAUGUGAAUCGGGGUUAGAAUUUACCAACCACAGAAUAUCUGCUGAAUUUUGACGCCUACGAAUUUGGGGGUUAGUAGUAUUAAUUUCCUGAAUAAAGUUCGCCCCAUCCGCACUCCCAGCACGCGGAAGCAAUAUGCAUACAUGCCUAAGCAGGACUUCACACACAAUUGGGGGAAAAGCAACUUCUUAGCCACCGACUGAAAUCUAUGAUUACCUUUGUUUGGACAUGGGAAUAUGGCUCCCCCUCCCGUAUUGGUGGUGGUCUUGACCUAAAUUCGGGGGGGGGGGGGGGUGGGGGGGGGGGGGUUAGAGUAAGGGUUAAAGUUAGGACAGGAGAAUAGGUCCCCUUUUAAGUCAAGGAGAAGUCGCUUGUGCGAUCUGGUAGUGCUCUCCUUUCAGAAUCUAUAGAAAUAUUUGUGGUCUUUACACUUGGGGAAAGGUCUCCGCCCACGUAAUACCUGCUUCUGCCGACUCUUCUGUAUGAAACCACAUUUUAGGAGUUCGCAGUUUCGGCGACUGCAAUACUUAAGCUCGUCGUCGGCUUAGCAGUGACUGUGCACUGGCAGGGUACUCCUCCACUGUCGUUCUUGUCGCUUUUUUCCCGCAAAGCUGCCUCUCCUCAGACAUCUACCUGCCUGCCUGCCUGCUUGUUUUUAUUUUUCUUCUGCUUUUUGCCUUUUUCCCCACCCCCUCAAUUGCUCAUGGUGUUCGUUUAAUUGUCUGCUCCAUCUCUCUCUCCCCCGCCCCGCCCCUACCAUUAUAGUGGACACUGUCCUCGAGAAGGCCUUGCAUCAACUGAAUAAACGAAAAAGACAGACCGAGAGUGCGGUGGCCUCCAUCAUGUACUCCGAGAAGUGGGUAAGUCCUCGCCCUCCCCUACCCACCUCCCACCUUCCUGUGGCCCCAAACGAUCGUAGAUGGGAAGGGAGGGCACAAACGACACUGCGGGCAUUUGAAAAAACAGUUUACAGUGUGUGUGUGUGCUCAGUGUAAUUGCGGUGGCAAGGGUGGAGGGAAUGUGCAGCUGAGAACCGAAUACCCGGACUGGCAAAAGUUCAGUAUUGCUUGAUACCAAGAGCAGGGACUCGACGGUUCUGUUAACUGUUGAACAAAAACAACAACAACAACAGAGUUAUUUCGUUACUCCCUGUACUAUGCACACAGGCUCAAUAAACAUUGACUAAAAUAAUGAAAUGGGCCAGCGUGUGUUGAUUGACACAUCGUUUUGCAUCCCCUCCUUCGCCGGCGACACGCAAAAAUGACUGCUUAUUUCGGGGACAAUUAUGUUCCGUAAAGCGAUCGGCGAGUGCGUCAUGCAACAGCCGAAACAUCAGCGAGACAUGUGUCUGGACUUUUAGCUAGUACUUGUGUGGCGAGUACCGUAUAUAACCUUUGCUAUCUGAAAUCUAUACUACUCGUACUACUUAUUGUUUGUAAAGUAGACAUUGCGUGGUUGUUCCACCGUAGUCGAUUGUCCUCGACCGAAAUUUCCACUGAAUUUCUAGGUCUAACCUAAAAAUUCGCGUCCCAGACGCCUAACUCCAUCUUCUGCGCUUAAUAAUUUUCGGAAUUAUGAACUUGAUAUACGUAUGUACACUGAAGUCAGAUAUGCUGUUUGAGGAAAUAGACUUUGUUGUUUAGAUUUUCGACGCCAGUUCCCCAAGUCGUCGUCAGAAGCAGGGGAGAAUAAUUUGCCAAAUGCAGUUAGCAUUUUAAGUGCAUUAAAGUCGGUACUUCUUUGGCGUUUGCGCCGGUAGGUGUCCCGAUUGACUCGCGUCGACAUGCAGAUUAAUGUACAAUUCAUCAUAGUGCAUGAUCACGAGGACCUCUCGACGACAAUACGAGUUUUGUCCCAGUCGAAGGUGUGCCCGGCGCAUGGGAUAAGUGGUCUUGUUAAUGCGUUUGAAGGCGGAAUUGCCAGUUUGACCGUAAUAAACUGCAUCGCAGACAUUGCAUGGGACCUUGUAGACGACUUCCUUGUCCAAGUGGCCCACCCUAUCCUUAGGCUGUACCACCUAAGUGCGUUAAAUACUUUUUGGCUUGUGAGUCACUUGUAUUUGGUGUUUUCUCAGGCUUUUUCGACGAGCCCGGACACAUUAUUAGUGUAAGGGAGAGUUCGCCCGUUAUCCUGCCACUGUUAAUAAUAUUACCAGUCCCGAUCACAACCGACAGAACAACGGACCCGUGGCUCAAUGGUAGAGUGUCAAACUCCAUGACCAAAGAUUCUGGGUGCGAACCUCAAGUGAUCCACACUUGGGGUUGGGUAUGACUGGCUGAUGAAGGCUAAUAAGCGGGAAGUGGUCGUUCCGGUCUCCCUCGUCUUCGUAGCGUCGUCACUAGUAGCCAUAUGAAUGCCUGUGAGGGCUUUUCUUUGAGCCCCAAGGCACAACGGAACGAGCAUGUUCCGUAACCUGAUCGGCGAGCGCCCACUGUCAAGAAUUAAUAUUCCCGAUCACAACCGACAGGACAACGGGCCCGUGGCUCAAUGGUAGAGCGUUCAACUCCAUGACCAAAGAUCCCGGGUUCGAACCUCAAGUGAUCCACACUUGGGGUUGGGUAUGACUGGCUGAUGAAGGCUUAUAAGCGGGAAGUGGUCGUUCCGGUCUCCCUCGUCUUCGUAGCGUCGUCACUAGUAGCCAUAUGAAUGCCUGUGAGGGCUUUUCUUUGAGUCCCAAGGCAAAACGGUACAAGCAUGUCCCGUAACCUGACCAAUGAGUACCCCUCUACCAUAAAUGUAUGUAUGCUCGGCCGAUGGGCAUAUUUUGCCAUCCUUGGUAGAGAUGUUUGCCAAAAGGACGAUGUUUUGAUGAACUGCACCACUGAGUCAACUAGGAUGCAUCCUGUUCUCCUGUCUUCGCCGUGACCUCUACGCUUGAUGUGAAAUCACGCAGGAAACAGAACUGCAGCGGUACAGCAUCGUUUUGAUAUUUAGACGUACUAAUCGUCUUAGUCACUGAGACCAUCGUGAAUGUCGUCCUCACUCGUCCGCGUACACACUAAGAUGCACUACCGAGACAACUCCUGCCUCGAUAGGAACUUAAUUCACCCGUCCAAUAGCAGAGCGUCAUUUUCCUCACGUUCUGGUCGCUGACAAAGGUAGUCCUGAGAGCCCCUCAAAUAGAAUGCUUUCCAAGCUCCCUGAAUUUUAGCUGCGGUCUACUAUCAGCUUCCAGAAGUGAAGACGGGGCAUGCGGCAGCAACAGCAGUCGAUCUCCAUUGUCAGUUUUUGACAAUUCUAUGGCCGACAUUCUGGCGAUAUUGCUGUGUGACUAAGGGGCCGUUCUGGCGGUAAAUUAUCAGUAUACAGUAACAACGGCAAUCAUAACAUCUCAGAAAUUAAUCUCCAGUCGCGAGUAGAUUAGUCAAAAUGAAGUUUUUUGGGCCCAGUGCCAAAGUUGAUAUGAAUGUGUUUGAGCCGAAAUCCAUCAGCUGCAGCGGGAUAACCGCCUAAUAUUCAUAAACUGCCAACAGGCAGCCGGGUGGUGCUGCAUAAAUUAUCAUACUACCAGCACAGUUACCAGUUAAAAGGCUAGACACGUGUUUCGACAAUAUUCUGCCGCUGCUCGAGGCACCCACCUGCGUGGGGGUCGGCGUUCUGUGCGUGAUAUCCCGUGGAUACUGAUGAGCCGAACCCCUCGCAGCUGUGUCUGUCGUACUGCAACACUUUUCGAACGUCUUUACUCAUUACAGGAAGUUUUUCUCCGCCCUCUCUCCCUACCUAAACGUUCCAGAGAGCCCAAGAAAUCCAGACGUUUCUUCUGUCCCCGACAGAUUACACGCAGCAUACUGCGUGGCCUCCUGAAGUAUCCUUCUUGUCCCUGGGCAGUGCCGCAGGGGAUAUAGGUAGGACCGACUUAUGUGGACGUCUGAACAUGACAUGAGAACAGCAACCGCCUGCAACACGGAUCUCUUCCAGUGAAGUUAGGGUUAGAUUUAAAGUUAACGCUAACGUGGGCCAGGAGCAAGUCUAGGGUUAAGGCAAGAGCUAUUGUCGACUGCAACAUUAAGAUUUAGGGCAGGUUUAGGGUCAAGAUUAGGACAACGACUUGAUUUUAUAUUAAGGUUAUGGUUGGGGUCAGAACACGGUAAUAUUUUGCUCUUUCCGGAAUUUUGCGCAGGUCCACCUUUAUUACUCGGGCGGGGCGUUCCUAUUUCCAUGUCCUGUUUAGACGUCCAAAUACGUCAGCCCCCCUGGGAUAUAUCCAGGCGCCCAGGAAUGCGUUUAUGGCCAUCUUACUAAGCUCUAGGCGACCGCCUGCCCUACUUGUUACAACAAGAAGGCAGGUGUGCCUGGACUGAACCGAACUACCGGUCUCAAGGAUUUGUUUUGGAUUAUUUAUCUCCCCGGCCGCACGAAUAAUCGAUGUUCCUCAUGCCCGUUCUUCAAGGCAGGCUGUAUUAGGCUGAAAUAUGUACUCACAUUGCAGGUCAAUCACAGGAAGUGCCGAUUAUUCCCGCAGCCCGUAGCUCAGUGUGAGAGCACCACAUUUUAACGCGGUCCACCAAGGCCGCGUACUUUCGGGUGGUGUCUUUCCUAUCCCCGCACUUUGUUUCCGUCAUUAGACAUUUCGAAUCAUCUCAAAUGUUCGUCAUAUUAUCAAGCAGAAGUGUUAAUUUUAAAUGAUUAACCAUUGGUCAUUCUGGAUAAUUUUGUUGUGGUUGUGCAAACACGUGUCUAGCAUUUCGAGAGUAGACUUUACAGGUUCGCUAUUUCGCAGACAUUGAAAUCUGUUUUUGGUUAGAGUCAGCGAUACAGUGUGCAUCAAAAUUUCCCAAGCAAUCACUUAUUCUUGAACACGCCUCCAGAACAAAGAUAGUUUUUAACCUUUCAGUAAAAAUUUGAUUUUACUUUAGCUUCGGAGACUAAUGUAUAUUUAUGGGUAAGGAUAGGUUAUGUAACCCCACUGGGUUUGGCAUGUAUAGGUAGCUAGCAUAUUUGUUUUAGAAAGCCUCUUUUUGUUUAUUAAUCCAUGGCUACAGGCUGUUCUCCUGUGUGUGUUAUCUAACACUGAUGUAACCGCAUGCACCGAGUUUUUUUCAGUAUGACUUUUUUAGUUGUUUUCGCUCCCGCUCCUCGUCUUCCCUUUGUGUUACCUUAAUUUCCUAAUUACCCCAUUGCCUUUCGUUGUCGAUUCUGUACGCCGUAACUUACUUAUUUCUUCCGGAAGAGUAGUUUGACGUUUUUGUGCCAUGUCGGUACUCGCCAUACUAUACCUGCUCCAAGGAUCGCCGGCAGCGUCUUGGUUUACUUUGCCUCGGUUAGAACACAAACUCUCUGCUUCCUCGAUAUCUCUGAACGGUUUCUGUUGUCGAACGCGUACGCCUGACCUAUUCAUUUCUUCAAGAAUACUUGUGCAUAGCCCCUUGCAUAACCAAUGAUAAGACAGUCAAAGUUAGUUGAGAGGUGGGGUUACACAACCUACCACUGCCUAUUUAUGUAUGGUAGAGGGACGCCCACCGACCAGAUUACAGGACCUGCUCUAUUUCCGCCGUGCCUCGGGGCUCAAUCUAGAGCUCUCUCAAAGAGGGAGAGACUGUCCCCAUAGUAGUCUGACCGUUGCAGUUGACGUGACCUAACUCAGUCCCGGCGGGCAAGCGCAUCUAUGACCUACACGUACAUUUAUCUAUAAUAAAACGGACUUUCAAAGCAUCCACCUCACCCUGUCAUCCCACCCACCACAGUCGGGUGAGGAGUAAAGUCAAGGCGACUGGGUGGGCGUAAACACAGUUGCCGACAAAGCUAGACAGUCAGUCUGUGCGUGCCACAUACGACCUGGUUAUCAACUCUGCACCUGCCAUGUCUUGCUCUGGGGAUCUUGAUCUCCGAUCUGACGUAAGUGAGAGCGCCAUAGGGGUUCCAUUAGGAAGAAGAAGCACUGCAGCUCGAUUACUGACUGGAGCUGAGUUACCGCGUCAGCUGGCAGUCCUUCAAGCAACCGCGAAUAGCGCGUCGUGAUGAUUUAAAGUCAAAUUUGGUUGUUUUUUUGGUGAGGAACUUAGCGACAGACUCUCCCUACUUCGCCCCUUCUUUUUGGCUGCACAAUGGUUGGGACAGGAGGCCAACUUCGUUCCCCAACGCCUCAUGUUCUCCCCUAGUCUUUUUGACAGCUUUUCAGGCCCCCAACCAAUGUUCAUCCAAACCAGUCCGCAGGGGUCCUUUUUGGCGGUGGCACAGGCGAUCCAAUCGACUACGCCUCCAGAUGUUUGGUUUAACCCUCCAAACUUCCCAUCCCCUCCACACGCUCUGUGAAAGCACGGUUGACUUGCUAACAUUUGUUAACUCGUUUUCUCUUCAAUCUACAGAGGCGGGUGGAUUUCGACUAUGCGGACCGGUUGGUGGUAUCGAAGAUGGCUCUGGACUUGGAUCAGGACAUCUUCACAGCAGAGAAAGCUGCCUGUGAGUCCUUUCUGGCCGCCCUCGACCGAGAGUAUCCUCUUCCCUCGUCGGGUCUGGCGGAGAACCCCUGCGCCGCCACUAAGCCCAAGAGCUUCCGUGAACUCCUGGACUCCGCGCAGUUUGAGCCGCUCACCUUUGACGAGACGGGUAAUGCCCGCCCCGCCAGCAUCCCGUCAGUUGAAGCCGCAAAGGAGGCGGAGGAGGAGAAGGCCAUUGAGGAACGCAGCUCAGCGGUGGAGGCGGUCACACCAGCCACUGGCGAUCAUGAUGCCGCUACUGAUGCUCCUACUGCGGACGCCCCCUCCCCCUCGCCCCUUCCCACCAACGGAGAACCCUCUGUUGGUGCGCCAGAACGGACGCAGUCACCUUCUUCCCCUUCUAGUCCACCGUCCCUCUCAGAUCAUCGUUCGGAGACCUCCUCGUCCACGAAACCGCCGCAGCAGCAGCAGCAUCAGCCGCAGAACGGACUCCGCCGUGGCCUGGCCUCUGAGGAUGAGGAGGACGAGGAGCCGAUUGCGGAUGGGGAGGAAGAGGAGGAGGAGGAAGAAGCAAUGCAUUUUCUCAUCCAAUCCCGUGCUAACACCACAGCUAAGUACACCGAUGUCGCCCCCGACGUCCGAUGGCCUGAGUGGGCACCGGAGGAGGACAACUGCCAGGAGCUAGACAUGACCAGUAUUGCUGAGGACACCGUUGAGGAGGAUGAAGAUGGUGAGGAGUCAGAGGAUCUCUGUCGAGGCCUCAAGAGCACCUGGGCUCCCUGCUCCUUCUCCCUGCCCAAUGGAGUCACAGUAAGCCCCCAUAUCGCCUGUUUCCUCUAUCCAAAUCACAACUUUCAUACCCUCCACAUCUUCCCACCACUCCGAUCGACCGCAGGGAGAGAUGCCUCACUGUUUACUAACAACCUCCCAGAAGUUCGUGUCUGUACAUUCGGAGCGUUAUUUCUUCAAAUCGGAGUAAUAUUAACGUGUCUGAGGAUAGGAACUCGGCCUGUUGGCUAGGGAUCCAAGUGGUGUUCUCUACUUCUUGGAUUCGGAGCCAAGCAGUAUGUUAAUGGCUCUGGCCGCAUAUCCCUCACACUGGCACCUGGUUGUCGCGGUGAGUUGACAAGACCCGAUGCUCGGAUUGGCGAAGAGGACGAGUUAUACUGUGAUGUAGCAUUCCGAAGUCAGUAACAUUAUUCAAUCGCCCCUUCCUACUUGACGCAAUCAAAUUUCCUCUCCCUCCCACCUCCACCGGUAGUCGGAGUCCGCCUUUGGCAUCUUUGGUAAGGAGUGGACAGCAAGGAUUAAGUAUAUGCGCGGGGCAAGAAAAUGCUGUUGUUUUACUAAUUCACCAGCGCUUCAACGCCUCUAAUUUACUGGCAGGCGUAUUUAUUUCAUCUAACAGUAUUUCGAGUUUUUACUGCCUGACUGCCCACCGUGCCGAACUCUUUAAAAAGUGAGCCGAAAGAACAAAUCCAAAAGAAGAAGACUGCACAUUCUGAGCUUGACGUUUUCUGGGUUGCAUUAAGGGGAAUCGGCAAGGCUUAAGUGAAUGCGCGUGGUGAGAAAACGUUAGCUUUUUCUAAAAAUGAACUUUCCUCUUGCUAGCAAUUACGUGAGGGAGUGUAGGACAAUGAACUGCUUUAGAAAUUUCAGCAUCACCGACUCUUCGGGGUGAUACAGGUCAGCGAAUGUCAUCCUGCCGACCAAGGGCCGACAAAAAGCUUUACCGGAAAACCUACCUUGUAAAACAUUAUUAGCAGUUCUCCAUAACUAGCGCAUAUACUUAACCCCUAUGGAAUGUGGACUUAUUCAUUGUGACUCUUCAUCCUUGCGUUUAUAACUAAUGGUGGUUCCAAAGGGAAGGUCUCAGCCCAGCCGGUUGAUGGGUUGUUAUUUUUCCAGUUUAACAGACGAUUUUGUUCCCAGGGAGCGAUUGAGCAAGUUGUCGGUGAGGCCGGUUUAAUUAUCCAUAUGUCUGCCUUCGGUAGGGAAGUGCGAAUGAACUCCGAGAACUAUUGCCACAUUAACCGUUAUGGGUCGCUGUUGUACGAGUGCCUGCCCUGGUCAUCUUGCGUGUUUUCUGUGUAUAUGACUCGGAGUAGAGACCCGACCACUCCGGGCUCCCAGGUGGACGUGGAAGCAGGUACCUAACAUAUAUAUGGUUCGUGGCAUCCAUAGCACGGGGGUUCAUAGGCUCAUAGCUAGAGAUGAUCUCACGUAAAUUUUCCGAUCCGACCAAUAAAGUAGUGUCAUUUUGUCAUUUUUUAUCGCUCAAGGUUUUUUCUUCGUGUUUGAACUCUGAAGAUGCUAUGAAUGAUUCUUGUGUGACACACGCUUUUCGUGCGGUUUCUUCACCCAUCACAGUGGCAGCAAAGUGAGGGACUUCCUACUCUUUUCUAGGCAAAGCUCUUUUUGACUAAAUGCUCGAGCUUGGAAUAUUUAGACUGGCCUUUUUGAAUAGCGGCCCAUCUAUCCCCUACAGGUCCACCAUCUGUACCAUCCGAGAUAGUACAUCGACGAACAGAGGCUAAUACGUUUAGGACUAAUCCCCCAACUGCUGGCAAUCGUUCAAACUCCUCCCGACAUCUCUACCAGAAAUUUCUUAUUGUGAUGGCAAAAGAGAGUCCAGCAUGUACACACUUUGAGGCGUGGUUCCGUCUAGAGAAUAAAUCGAUUGUCAACUAUAAGUGCCCUUGUUUGUUCAGAGUGGGAUUUCUGAAGUGGAGGUGGAGAGUAGGGCUGAGACGCAUUGCUGUACAUCCUGCCUCUGAUGUUUCUGUGUGUUUCAAUUGCAAACGACGCGAUUUGGGACUUGUCACUUUUUCAAUACGGUGCAGUCCUGAUCUUGAAAUUGCCGAGGACCCUUUUCUAUCUCCGUCUCCAAAAACGAUUUUAUUUAGAGACUCCUGUCUCUGCUGUUCAUUAACGCUGGUCGCCGCGAUCGGGCGGUAACGAACUCAUCGUGCUUUGCUUAAAAAGUAGUCUCGGUCCUCAAUUUAGACUUUGAGCAGAUCAAACCUUUUCUACUCAGUCUGUCAGUGCACUUACUGACUGCGUUUUUUCUUUCUUCCUUCCUACACAGGACCCUUCAAACGCUCGCUCUCGCUCAUGCCUCAGUUCGCGGGAUCAGAGCACUGAGCUGCAGCACUCGGAAGAUCCCGAUCUCGACGCCGCUAUUCGUAGUAUUAUCGGAUGA